UUGCUCCGCAAGUGGCGCUGCAAGUUGUCGGCGGGUAAAGUUUGUGCGGCAUAGUGCGAGCCACCCGCCACCCGACACCCGCCACCCAUACCGAUCGAAGGCGCGGCGCGCGCACCACCCCAUGCUCAAUAUAUAUCACGUAUCGUACGGUCGACCCUCACAACGCAAGAAGAACGCGUGCGAACGCCUAUAACGCCGCUCGCCUGGGGCGCCGCUCUCUCUCUUUCUCUCUUUUUCUCUGUUCGUCUGUUUCUCGCUGAUGCGGUCGCGCUGAGGCCGAUGCAGGCUCCGCCAUGCCGCGCUGCCUCAUGGCCAAGAAGUGGAAGGUGGCUCCGGCGGGGGAACUGGUUGAGUCUGAUGAGGAGAUCGACGUGGUCGGCGAGGGGCGCGGCCGGAGCCCCGCACCCGCCGCCACCGCGCCGGGCCCUUCACCUCGCGAUCCAGAACCGACGCUACUCUACAACGGUUACACAGAGGAGCAGCCUUCCACACAGUUCACCGCACAGCUUCCAAGCGAGGUGAGCCCGGCUCCCCCCGGCCCAUCUCAGCCGGCGUCUCAGCCUCUCUCCUACGCUCUUCUACAAAUCUCGACCUCCGACACGACCGAAACUCCUUUCAUUCAGGUACAUCUCCAAUCUUCACCUGUCUCCCCUCCUCCGCCACCGGCGAGCGGCAAAUCUUCAUCGUUGUGCUACACGAGCAGCGGCACCCUACUUUCACUUCCACCUAAAAAGAAGGACAUCUAUCGACCCUACUGCUUAGGAGAUCGUGCCUAUUUACAACGCCCGGAGGAAGAUCUCAACGCAGCCCAUGCUAUCCUUGAUCUUAGUCAACAUGCAGUUUUCCUUACCACGCCGCCGCGCACUGAGCCCUCGCCUCCUGAACUUCCCCCACCGCCCCCGGAACCAGAACCAGAACCUUCACAAGAACAAUCAGAACGCCCUCGAGAAACAGUUGCCUAUACAUAUGAUGCUUUCUUCGUCAGUGAUGGUCGGUCUAAGCGACGAAAUUUUGCAAAUGCUCCAGUGGAAAGUGCACAACAACCGACCGACCAUAAAUCUAAAUAUACAUGCAGUGAAUGCGGUAAACGUUACGCCACUUCUUCAAAUCUCUCGCGACAUAAACAAACCCACCGCAGUCUCGAUUCUGUUGCGGCAAAGCGGUGUGGAGAAUGCGGCAAGGCAUACGUGUCUAUGCCCGCUCUGGCUAUGCAUGUGUUGACACAUCAGCUAUCACACGUGUGUGGCGUUUGCGGCAAGUUAUUCUCCCGGCCGUGGUUACUACAGGGUCACUUGCGUUCUCACACUGGCGAAAAACCUUAUGGAUGUGCCCAUUGCGGGAAAGCAUUUGCAGAUAGAUCCAAUUUGCGUGCUCACAUGCAGACUCACUCCUCUGAUAAAAACUUCGAAUGUUCUCGAUGCCAUAAAACCUUUGCACUCAAAAGCUACCUCAAUAAACACCAAGAAUCAGCCUGUGUUCGUGAUGAUGACUCACCGUCGCCUGAUGCCCCCGCCUCUACGACAGAAUAGGCCGGUAUUGCUAUAGUAACUAGGGACCGUCAUACCACCAUUUUGGUUUACUCGUUAACGUAAAGUAUUAAUAUGAAUUUAGUUCAUUAGCAUAAAGUAAUAUAAUAAAUUAAUAUUAAAUAGGCCUCUAAACCGGUACGUCCUAAAGGCGACCGGUCCACGAGUGCCGCAAUCGAGCAACGUUUCGCAAACAACGAAUAACGUACGACCCCGUAGUGCCGCAAGCGUGGCAUUAGCCUGCAGCGACAGACGUCCUGUUAAAGAUUAACAUAAACAUGUACAUAUACUUGUCGAUAAAUAUACCCGUAUAUACAUAGAAAUAAUGAAUACGAAUGAAAUUAAUAUCUUUUGUAGGUGAUUUUUACAACCGGAACGUAGGUUAGAGAGUAUCACGGUGUAAGUUUAUUAUGGGGGUGCGCGUAAGCUCGUCUGUGGAUGGAGACGGAGCACCUGGGUGCGCCACGUCGCGUCGGUGAGGAACUUACCGAAUCUUUCCGUCCGAAGCUCCGCAAACGUCGCCGCGUCCGCCCGUGUCGAUGACACAGCGCCAGCUGGCUCGAUCACUCGAACCGUCCAAACUUUACGAUUUUACGAGAACUGCACUCAUAUCUGAUUUUAGUUGUUAUUUACAGACACAGCUUAGCACAGCUAGCAAAAAAUACUGAAACGUAAUGAAGAAUAAAUAAAUCUCCGAAUAUAUUAAGAUUAAUUUAAGAGUGGUCAGAAAUCUUGCGUAGUCUCGUAGCGUUGCCGUAGAAUCGUAGAUGGUUGGAUGGAGAUAUGUUUCUAGCUUGGCCUGUAGACUAUGGCCGCGUCGACCGCCCCGUCACAGUGCCUUAUCGGCGACCACGCGCCGAACCCGUCCCGCCAUCGUUGCCCUUCAAGCCCCGGUGCCUCAUUCGAAUUUUACUCGAAAGGAUAUAAUUUUAAGGGAAUGUUUCAUGAAAGGGACUACAAACAUAAUACGUUUUUCUUAGAUAAGCAAUUCAGAAAAUAGCAGAAAAGAAUCCGUUUUACUAUCGCUCAUUGAUUCAAAAGAAAAUAAACAUUAAAUCAAAAAUAGGAACGAGUUAAUAAAUGAUGGGAAAUACGUAUCGGGCGAGUGGCGGGCGCAUUAAGCGACGUCGUUAUUAGGGACGGGCAGCGCCGCAUUACGCAGUGAGCAGCCUUUAGAUUGAGAGUGUGUUAUAGCAAGAAGUAAAGUGUAACUGGCAAUAACAUAACUUAGAUUAUAAUAGAUAUAGACUAGGUUAAGAGACGGGCACGAGGUGCUCGGUGAGAAAUGGGUAUUCGAAAAGCAAUAAUAAUGUAGGCACUAAAUAAGUCGCGCACCGCAGUCAAUCGACGCAGCAGACUUUAUUCUAAUCCUGUAGCAAUCUGUAGCUGUCGUAGACGGAGUAUAGCGUCGGCCUCAUGGUGCAUCUCCUAUACGUCACUGCGUUUCUAAGCGACCAAUUUGCAAAAAAGACUAUUAGUGGUAUGCACAUAGAUUAAUCGAAGUAGAUUAGGUCGUAAAAAGGAUCAUCCGCGAGGCCGCCGCUUUAAAAUUCCUAUCAUUAUAAUAUUUAGGUAGUGCCUCGCAUGUCAAUUUGUUCUUAAUGAAUUUCUUUAAUCCUGUCAAUUAUGAGAUUGUCUCGGUAAAAUUACUAUGUUUACACCCUUCGGAUCAAAACCGUCAAUUCCUCCUUUUAUUCUAAUUUCUAUAUUUGAAAAUAAAUUUUAGGUGUUGUUAUUGGAUGGUUAAGUGGUUUUUAAAAAAUAUUUUUUUGUUGCUUAAAAAUAAAUACUGCUAUCGACCUUUAUUAUUCUAAAACCGACUUAUUUUGGAAAACAUUGAAGCUCUAACGCAGUCAAUUUACUCAGCUAAAAUGGUUUAACAACAAAACUUCGUCAUUAAUAUUCGCAUUAAGUUCAGUUACUCCUAUAGAUAAACAUAAUUAGCUAUUAAACAAAGGUUGCGCGUAAUAAGCAAUAUAUUGUAAAUCGAUAAGCAAUAUUAGGUUAGAAUAUAUGUAGUUCAUAAAAUGUAAGUCAUACAUGAUAUACAUAUAUAUUGUUCAUAUUAAGUAGUUUUCUAGACGUUUUUGGUGCUUUGGAGUACAGUAUUGAACGAAUCUUACAUCGAAUUUUAAAAUAAUUCAGGAUUCAAGAAUUGUGAUAUUCUGUUUGAAAUUUUAUUUUACAAUACGUUAUUAUAGGUUAUAAGUUUUAUAACUCUUUUCUCAUCUCUCGAAUUUUUUGCUUUCAUUGUUAUAAUUGUCUGAGUGUGUACUCCUAUGCGUUUUCUCUUAAUUUAACGUUAUAGAACUAGGCUACUACAUUUUUUAGCAUAAAGCAAUUUUAUCGCUUUCAAAAAUGAAUCAAAAACGAGAAAAUAUUUUGUUCAAAUAUUUAUACUAACGUUAUUGUAGUUGUAGUUAUUUUAUAAUAAGCGAUCGUUUAAACAAAUCUAACAUAGUGAAGGUAAAGUAAUAUAUACAAAACAUAUACUAAUAUUUAAAUGUAAAUAUUUCCAUAUGUACCAAAUUACCUUCUUUACAAUUUUUGUAGGUGUAGGUGUCAAAUAUUUGGAAUAAUAUAUUUAUGUAGUAAAUGUAGAUACUUGUAAGGUUGAGCGACUUAAAAUUUUCUGCAACUGCAAAAUGAUAAUGCACACACAAUUUAAAUUUUAUUCUAACGCUUUACAUUUACGAUUAGAUUUUAUUAAAUCUAAGUUUCUUUAAGUAGUAUAUAAACUACAUAGAUCCCAUUUCAAAUUUUUUUUUAUUUUAAAAACUUAGUAAUAAAAAGCCAUAUCUUAGCAUCGCCCGAGUGGCUCUGGCUAUUUUAUAAUGCUUCACAGAAUAUCGAUUAUUUUAUAUUGACGAUAGAAAUACACAUCGAAGCUACGUCAGAUUUUUAUGGUCUAUAUAUAGCUAUACAAUGUAUGCAACGAAAAAUAUUAUGUUCAGUAUAACUACGCCGUGAUAACAGUGUUCUCGUUCUUAUAAAUGCAUUUAAGUGAUACUAUACACUGUCCAAAAGUAAUAAACAAGCAAUAAAUAUCGAAAGCAAUGAAAAAGAAAACGAAUAGGCUAAGGUAACUGUAAGCAAUAUAAGCAAUAAUAAGCAAUAUUUUAACAAAACGAAAAGCAAUAUUGACUAGUGUAACUUAAGUUUAGGGAGAGUGAUACAAUUAACUCAUGCAUGCAAACUUGUUGCCAUAUAAUUAGACUGCAACCAGUGAUACCCGUAGUGUUGUGUACGUCAUUCGCAAAGCAAUACUUUUCACUUUAAACGUUAGUUAAGACUAUUUAUUAUACACGAAUAUAGUGAAUUUACAUCUAGAUUAGCUUUGUAGAUUCGAAAGAGAGAACACCAAUCAAAAUAAGGAUAGAUAUUAUGUAUAACGAAUUGUGAGAAUAGCUUUUUGAUAGAUUGGCAGUAUGUUAAAUAAAAACACACAGUACAAAUGUAAAGUCCGAACAAAAGACAAGUAUGAUAUAGCUUAAGAGCGGCGUCUUUCGAUGGUGCGAUUAUUUAAACAAAAAUUCACAUACAUUAAAAAUAAUAUUUUACUAAAUUAGAAUUAAAUUAUUGAAUUAUACAACCACAAAAAUCGAUCGAUAAACAAAAAUAUUAGUGUGUUUUUGUUAAGCAUACGGCUCUGUUAAGAAUUAGUUUCAAAAUUUAGUAUGGAUAAAUAUAACAGAGGUCACGAAGUAUAAACUGCAAACUGGAAUGGGUAAUUUUAAUGUAUGUAAUUAGGGACCUUACAUUUAAUUUUCCAAUAGUAAGGCGAUCGCUAGUUUUAACUAUAAGUAUAAUAAAUUCCUGUACAACCAAAGAGUUAUGAAAAUAUUUCGUAGUUCAACUAAUUAUACAAAUACCUCUUUAAUACAAACACAGCAUGAAUAUUGAGUAACGUAAUUGAGUGAGAAUAUUCUUGCAGUUUGUGCCGAGACUUAAAAUGAAAUGUCCUAUUUAAAAAAAUAACGAAAUACAUCCAAUAUUCUAGAUUUGAAUUCUUAUAUACACGAUUUAAUUUAUCCAUACUUAAAGGAGUCUACGAGAAAAAAUUCUUAUAUACCUACACAUAAUACAAUUUUAAUUAUAGAUUAAGGUAAUACGAAAGCAAUAAAGUGACAACGAUAGCUAAUAAUCGAAAUUUUACAACGAAUGGUUUGUUUAGGUUUUUAAUGAAUGAAACAAAAUAAAACUAAGGGACUCAAUCCCCUUAUUCAUAUAAAAUUAAAUUAAAACUAAACGGGUGUCCUCUUUGUUACAUUCACGACGCUGUCUAACAGAGUUGAAUGUUGUUGACAGGAGACAAGAUGGUAUAAGAUAUGUUUGCUUUUUAUGAAUAAGGAGGUGAAAGUUUAGUUUUCUGUACAUUUAUUCAUUAAUUUUGUUUUUACUUUAUCGUUUUAAUAAAACUGUAUUAAACUUAGCAACUUUAGAUUUAGAGUAUUUAAUUACCAUUUUUACCACUAGUUUUAGAACGUGUCACGUGAAAUGAGUAGAGCGUGAGAGUAGUAGAUCUAGAUUCAAAAUAUUAAUAAUCGUAAAGCAAAGGGGCAAUAGAUGCAUUUUAAUUGCCUCAAUUUUUACAAAAAAUAACACCAAUAAGACCUCGAAUUCGCUCACAUAAUAAUUCGACUAGUGUGAAAGUUCUACAAAUAUAAGGUUGUGUAAAGAAAAAACAGUCAAAUCAGCCAAGAGUCUGAACGAAAAUACUGACGUAUUUAUGUAUUUACCCUACUAAUUAUUUUAAGUAAACUUCCAAUUGUUGCUGGCAACCUUGAAACUCUUCCUGCAGUUAUUGUCCUAGAUAUUAGCCAAAUCAAUUAUAAUCGUAUAGACGUAGGAUGUCAAUUUUUUGAAUUCAAUUAAUCCUUCCUAAUAAGCAAUUACCAAAAGUACCUACAGAUUAGUAAUAACAUUGCAUGUAUUUACUUAAGUACAUUAAAAUACAUAUAGCUUGUUGUAUAAGGUAAAAUGUGAAAUAUUAGACGAAUAAAAAGUCCUUGUAUUAUAACAUAAGAAUAAGCAAACUAAUUAUUGUAACUCAAACACUACAUUUUGGAUCUUAUAAUAAAACAAAAUAUUUGGAUUUUUUAAUGUAAUAAUUAUAUUUGUUGUAUGUCAAUGUGUUCCUUUGUUUAGCGUCAGUAACGAAUGCCCAACCGUGCAGCUUUCCGAAGCAAAGAUAUAUCGGUUUCAAAAUUCAAAUUCCUAUUAAACUACGGGCAUAGGACUUUUGAAGAUGUCUUGCAGGAAAAUAAUUGUAUAAGUCGCACUCAGAGUCGUGUAUAACUAACGUCCUAUUAAAGGAUACAUUAAAGUGAAAAAUCUUUUUUUACCUUUACAUUGAAUCAUAGAACUAAAUAAAAUCUUUAAAGUUCGACGACUCUCAGUAGCGCUAAUGUUUAAAUUUUGUGAACUAGGUAAUUACGUUUACACAAUGUGUAGUCAUUAUUCCAUACUAUCUAGGGUCCACUACGUUUUAGUUAGUUAACGUAGGUACCGUUUAAUAGUAUUUUAAUAAUUUUAUCACGUAUUUGUUAAGUUGGCAGGGCUUUUCGAUUUGGAUUAUUAACGGAUAAAUUUCAGUUUUGCACAAAUGGUUUUACGCAAUUUUGUGAUAUCUAAAUUGAUUUAGCUUCACUGCGUAAACACAUAGGCAUGCAUAAAGUACAAAAUAGAAUUAUCAUUACAUAAUUGUUUGUAUCAUGGCUGUUGUUAGGAACAUGUGUUGAAGCACGCUUUUGUUAGUUUUACAUUUAUAGUAGUAUAUUUUUUUUAAUGUUUUAGUUCUUUAAAUACACUGUACUUCAA